GGGGUGGGGAGACUUCCGGUGCGCGUUGACUUGCUUUCCUCGUUCCUGUUUUGCCGCCAUGGUUGGGUUCGGAGAGAUUAUCGCCUCCGCGGUGAUCAAGGAACUAUCGGGGAAGCUGGGCUCUCCGAUUUGGAACACGAUCAUGUCUCAGGUGACCUUCAGAGAUGAUCUAGAAGCCAUCAAGAGCAUGCUGAGCAGCCUCCAAGCGAAGCUGAACGAUGCGGAGAGGAAAUCGCAGACGGAUGGCAGCGUUCGCGACUUGCUGAAGAAACUCAAGGCCGUAGCCUAUGACAUAGAGGAUAGGCUGGCCGUUUAUGAAUCGAGCUCCAACGAUGGCCAUGAUGGUUCUCUCAGACAUGAAUGGUCGAGCUUUCCUGAAAAAUUGAAGUCACGAUAUAACUUGCCAAGGGAGAUGAAGAAGAUGAGGAGAAGACUUGAAGGAAUAAAGAAAGAAAUGGAUCUCACCAGCUUUAAGGUAGAUGGUGCCACAGAGGAGCAGGAUUCUUAUAUCAGUCGGCAUUUAGAGCCUAGAAGAUACAGCAGUGAGGAUACUGUCGGAAGGAUCGCGGAGAAAGGGAGAAUAAUGGAUCUGCUGCUAUCAGAUGAAGAACACUCCAUUAUUCCUAUAUAUGGACUUGGAGGAUUAGGUAAAACCACUCUUGCUCAAAUGGCUUUUAGUGACUGCACAACACAGAUAGCUUUUGAGAUGCUAGCAUGGGUUUAUGUGUCUGAGAAAUUUGAUCUUAAUGCAAUCAGUUUAUCUAUCAAACAGCAAUGUAAUAGCCAUACGCUCCAAUAUGGUGAUUCUGGAAUUCAUAAUGUUGCUGUGGAGUCUAUCCUCACGGAAAAACGAUGUCUUAUUGUUUUGGAUGAUCUCUGGGAAGAAAAUAAUUUUAAGCUGGAUGAGUUAGAGGCAAUGCUUAGACUCUGCAAGAAAGGUAGCAAGGUUAUUGUGACUACACGUAGCAAGAAGGUUGCUGACCGAAUGAACAAAGAUUUGCAAAUUGAAUUGGGUCUUCUACCAAACGAAGACUGCUGGACCUUGUUCAGGAAAAAAGCACGAGUACCGACACCAGUGCCUCCCUACGUGGAAGCGAUGCGGGAGACAAUAGUGGAGAAAUGCCAAGGUUUGCCAUUAGCUGUAAAAUCCCUUGGUUACUUUCUAGGAAGAAUGCGUCCGACUGAGUGGGAACAAAACCUACAUAGUAAUAUAUGGGCCGAAAAAGAUGAUCGUUUUCCAGAUAACGGAGUUAUAGCCAACUUGAAGCUUAGUUAUUACAGCAUGCCUUGUUCUCUGAGGUUGUGCUUUGCAUAUUUGUCAGUCUUCCCCAAGGGCUCCCACAUACAGAAGAGCAGUUUGAUUCAGCAAUGGAUUGCUCUUGGAUUCAUUCAGCCCCCAGAAUCCAUCCCGACAGAACAAUACGCAGAGUACUGCUUGCAAGAACUCAUUGAAAUGUCCUUUUUGCAGAAUGUGAACGCGGCAACUGCGAUGUCUGCACGAUAUACUGAGCCUCAAAAUGUACUCAAGAUGCAUGAUAUAGUUCACGAUCUUGCAAGUGUAAUUGCAGCUGAUGAAGUAUGUAUCUUUCAUGCCAGUGACUGCAGUAGCUCCAACACUAAAAAUUGCUGCCGCUACAUGUACCUCUUGAAUUUGAGUGAAUUUUCCCGAGAUCCCAUAUUGCCCAAUACAGCAAGAGCGCUUCAUUUCAAGGAUUGCAGGAAAUCUCCCAAGAAUUAUUCAGAAACUAAAUUCUUGCGCAUCUUAGAUUUCAGUGCAUGCACCAUCAAUGAACUACCAGACUCGAUCAGUCAUUUGAGUCUAUUGAAGUACUUGAAUGUUUCAGGCCUAAGUGGCACAUUACCUAAAUCGUUGAGUAAACUACAUCACCUGCAAGCAUUGACCCUGUCAACAAACAUUGACCUUGUUGAGCUCCCUUCCUACAUUUGUGAGUUUCUCAAGCUACAGUAUUUGGAUCUACAUGGCUGCUCAAAACUGAAAAAACUACCAGAUGGCAUUCACAAACAUAAAGAGCUCCAACACCUGAACCUAUCAGACUGUACAAGUCUAGAAUCACUUCCUUUAUUCAGUUCACAGUCUGGUGGGCUUCAAAAACUUUCAUUCCUUAAUGUAUCACAUUGUUCUCAACUUGUAAAGCUGUCGUUCCUCGAAGAAAAACUUGAGAAGCAGCCUGAUCAUUAUCUGCCAAACAUGGUACAUCUAAAUAUGUCAUUUUGCCCCAAGCUGCAAGAACUGCCUACUGGAUUAUUUAAGCACAUGAGGAAGCUUCUUUUUUUGAAUUUCUCUGGUUGUACCUCUCUUGAGGAUCUUCCUGAAUUUGUAGAGCACGACGCUGGCUGCUCGAUGUUGGAGGUUUUGGAUUUAUCGGGUUGUGCUAAACUGCCUGCCCUCCCUGAGUCUUCAACUGAACUCCGUGAACUCCGGUGUUUGAAUCUUUCAGGCUGUUCUAAACUUCAAAACUUUUUGAAGUUGAUUCCACGAUGGAAGUUUGGUACAUUAGAGUACCUCAACAUCUCGGGGGUUGGCGCAAAAAGUGAUUCUGAGGCACCAGGUACCUCUGCAGAAGACCAAAGUUCACAAGAUCCCAUUAAAGAGUUAGAGUUGGGUAUGCUGCAGGAAGAUAUCAUCACCCAAGGCUUGUUUCGUCUGAAGUACCUGUCCAUUGGAGGAUUCACUCUCUACUCGGAGCAAGGUAUUGCAAGAAUGGUGGACCUUCUGACACUGCCCAAUUUUAAUGUACGCCUGCAAGAUGAUGGGAGGUGCAGCAAUAUUUUGAUCCUCCAGCAAAUCCUUGAUGUUACACAUCGUCAACUCAAUAUCAAGUGCCUAGAGAAUGUGGUGUUUUCAGAGGAAGCGAAGCAGCUUGAACUGGACAGGAUGCGACAGUUUCAUUCGUUGGGUUUCGAAUGGUCUUUAUCUGGUAUGGUAUCUUCUGUUAAACAACGAGCAGUGCUGGGUAAUUUGAGGCCUCAUAGGAAUUUACAGUCCCUCUCUAUAAAAGGUUACAUUUGCACCGAAUUUCCUGAUUGGAUUAACAAGAUAAAUGAUACACUCCCAGACUUGGUGAAACUUGUAUUCUCUGAUAUCAAUGGUUGUAACUAUAUCCCAAUUAGUCAAUUACCAAAUUUAAAAGAGCUAGAAAUUAAUAAUAUGCCCCGGCUUAACAAGAUAUAUGGUACGCUCCCAAACCUGGUGAAACUUAUAUUGUCUCAUAUCGAGAGAUGCGACCAUAUCCCUGUACUUGGUAAUUUACCAAAUCUACAAGAGCUAGAAAUCUAUAAUAUGCCCCAGCUUCAUGAUGCACGAAUUGGGCCAUGCAAUAAGCUAAGAAGACUGACACUGGUAGGACUACCAAAUGAGGCCACGGUACAUUUAUUUUAUGAUAUCUGUACACACACAGAAGUACAGAUGGUGGAAUCAAGUCAUGGCUGCGAUGAAGAGAUGACAGAAACAGGACAAGAGUUCAACACAUUACCUGGCUGUUCUUUUCGUAAAAACGAAGUGAGAAGAAGUGAGGAACUUUCUAGAGGCCCAUCCACUGAAAAGGGCAAGGUAAAGAAUUGGUUUGACGCUCUAUUAUUAUCUAUUGGAGGAGCAAGGGCAAAGAAAACAUUGGCCUCAGCAUUGUCCCACAUUUCACUAGUGCCAGAAGAGUCCCAGUUGUCACCAAAACUGUCUCAUGGUUGUUUGGAGGUCACAAGUGCAGCGCUCCCCGAACUUGAUUACCUACAAAUUGGAAGUUGCCAUGACCUGAAACUGCAUCCCACUCCCCCAAAGAGCAAAGAGUACUUCGUCAAAGAUAGCAGUCUCAGUCUGCCUGUAGACAAGGAAGAUACUUCAAGUUUUCCAUCACGUCCAUAUGAUCAGUAUACUGAAGGAUGCUCACAUUCAGGACAAGGUACUGCGAUCCCUCCACACGAACAUGCUAUGCAGAAGUCGAUCCCUAGAUUGAAAUCAAAACUGCAUAUCGAAGGCUCACGAGAUCAACUUCGCCAAUGGACAGAACUUCUAAGCACCCACUUGGACGAGUUGACUAUCACUGACCCAUUGUUUUACAAUUCGAAGUAUUUAGAGGAAGAGAGCACAGUUAGUGAACAUGAUUCCCUGGAGAGCAUCUAUGGUCUGCCACAGUCAUGCAUUGCCAACUUGGAGAAAAUAAAUUUACCGCCAUCUCAUCAAUAUGGACUAGAAGAAUGUUCUAACUAUGAUAAUAUUGUGGACUUUGUAGGUAGAAUUGAUUCUCAGGUUCCGUAUAUCAAUAUUGGAAAGGUGGGCACUUUUUCCGUAAAACCAAUUGAGGAAGGAGGAAUAUUCUGCUCAAGUAACAUUCCAUUACUGUAUAAACACUAUGACGGACAAAGUAGCAGCCUGGUCAUUAAAAAUCUUGAGAAUUUGAAGGGAUCACUGGGUGAAGUCCAAGAGUUGGCGAAGUAUCAGCAAGUUCGUUUGGUGUGGUCCAGAAGCAAUUUCAUUGAGGAUUCAAGCAUGGCUGAGGACAAGGCAGUUCUCCAAAAACUCCGACCCCACCACGACCUGGAAACAAUUGAAAUAGAAGGCUAUCGGGGUGAUGAAUUUUGCUAUUGGAUGAUGAAUAUAAAUUCUUCCCUUCCAAAUCUUGUGACUGUUAAACUGUCUAACAUCGCAAACUGUCAAUGUCUUCCUCCACUUGGCCAAUUAGCAAAUCUGGAAGUAUUGCACAUCUCAGAUAUGCCUAGCGUCAGAAAAGUGGACGGUCAUGUUUACGGCACUGAGAAACCAUUCAGGAAAUUGAGAGAACUUGAACUUAGUACUAUGAAGAACCUAGAGGAAUGGUUAACCACUACACUACUACUAACAGGUCACAAUGACCAUCAGCUUUCACGAAGCGAAGAAGUUUUCCCUAAUCUCCAGGUUCUUCUCAUUGCAAAUUGUCCCAGGAUGAGAUUUGUUCCAGGUUUCCCUAGAAGUCGGGAGUGUACCCUCGAGAAAAGCUACAGCAUACUAUUAUCAUUUGAACAGUUCAUCGGAAGCUCAAACUUGGCCUUGAUCGCACUGAAAAUAAAUGACUCUGGCUCAUCAUCUGAUAUCGUGAAAUUUCUUCAAGGCUGUGUAAAUCUGUUGUAUUUGACUAUUGAUUCCUGCAUCGAUCUAAUCACCUUGCCAGAACCUAUCAAAAACUGCCACUGCCUCAGGAAACUUGAGAUAACGAACUGCUGGAACUUUUCUGUAUUACCGGAGUGGUUGGGAGAACUAACUUUCCUGCAGAAGCUAGAUAUUCAAGCAAGCAAACUGGAAUAUUUGCCACAAUCCAUCCAACGCCUGACUGCCUUGGAACGGUUGGUGCUCAACAAGUGCAACUACAAACUGCGUGAACGGUGCACAUCUAGAGAGGAUAAAGAAAAGAUUAAACAUAUCAAAACAAUUGAUAUGAAUGAGGUCCCUUUGAUGUACUUGACUCCAAGCUAUAUAAUGCUUCUUCAGCAAGUUACUAGUUCUCAAUUUAUCGAUCUGCAUAUUGGUGGUCUGGAAUGUAUGAUUGGCUUGAGGGAGAUGGAGAACUUAGAAUUACAGACAAAAAAGGAGUUAUCCUCGUUGAGUUUGGAGUGGUCAUAUGCCUAUGCUGAUUCCAGCGAUAAAUACGCCUCUUCUGAGAGAGGGAUGCAGAAUAGGGCUGUUUUUGAAAAGCUCCAGCCUCAUGAUAGCCUUGAAAUACUUUGCAUAAAGAACUAUGCUGGUGUUGAUUUCCCUCGUUGGAUGUCUUUACUCCCAAAUCUUGUGCAAUUGAAGAUAGUUGGCAUGCAAUUUGAAUAUCUACACCUUGAUCAGUUUCAGAACCUCAAAGAGCUGUUUCUCUCCAGAGUGCAAUUUGCGCAUCUCCACCUGAAUGGUCUGCAGAACCUCAUAGAAUUGUCUCUCUCUGGCCUAAAAUUUGGACAUCUCCACAUCGAUCAGUUACAGAACCUCAGAGAGCUGAAAGUCUCCGGUGUGGAAUUUCAACAUCUCCACCUUGAACGGUUACAGAACAUUACAGAGUUGAAACUCUCUGAAGAGCGAUUUGAACGGCUCCAUAUUGAUCAGUUACAGAACCUCAAAGAGCUGAAAUUCUCCAGUGUGGAAUUUGGACAUCUCCAUCUUGAGCGGUUACAGAGCAUCACAAAGCUGGAACUCUGUAAAAAACAAUUUGAACAUCUCCACCUUGUUCAGUUAGAGAACCUCCGACAGUUGUAUCUCUUCACCGUGAAAUUUGAGUGUGUCGUUUUGCAUCAGUUACAGAACCUUGAGGAGCUGCAUCUUUCACAGAUAGAAAGCCAAAAGUCUAACAAACCGGUUUGCAUCGAGUGUAGCCAACCACUUAGGAAGCUCCAAAAGAUUGUCAUGACCAAAAUAAUAAACAAAGGGUUACAAAUAUCCGUGCAAGGAGGAGAGGGUGACAAAAAUUUAUUCCCGGGUCUUCAGCAUUUGGAAAUGGAAUUAUGUGAGAAUUUAAGAUUCCAACCAUCCAUCCCGAGGAGCACCCAUUACAUCAUAUCAGGGGAAAUAUAUUUCGAUAAAUUUAAUUACCGUAGAAUAUUGGGUUCGUUCCUGUUCCCAUCGUUCAAGCAAGUCAUGGGGACAUCAAUCCCUGGAUCAACAUCCAGGAUGGAAAUCAAGAACACCAGUGGUCUAUCUUCCGAAAGAUGGAAGAGCAUUCCGCACCUCGAGCUUCUAAACAUCACAGAACUAACAAUAGACAAAUGUGUUGAUAGUUGUCCAGUGCCAAAGUGCAUCCUGGGCUGGAAGUCCCUCCAGAAGCUUGAGAUACGGAGAUGCGAGGAUAUUGAAUUGCUUCCAGAAUGGUUGGGAGAGAUGUCCUGUCUCACUGAGCUCAUAGUGGAGACCUACUGGAUGGAAGCUUUGCAUCCAUGCAUCCGGCGGCUCACAAAUUUGCAGAGCCUGACACUUAUAACAUGCUUGAAUAGGUUUAAAGAAAGAUGCAAGUCAGGAGAUGACUGGAUCAAUAUCAAGCACAUUCCGCAUAUACAAAUUACAGAUAGAAAUGGGCGUACGGAGAUCAUUUCACCAAGUUGUACCUAACUUCUAACAUCCGCUGAAAACAAAGCAUUAGUUUCGACAGAGAGAGAAAAGAAAAUUGAGGAGCUAGCUGAUCAGUUGCUGGGACAGUAUAUAGCAGGAAGAUAUUAACCGGACAGCCCAUCAGCCCAGAGUUUGCCGAUCAAGGAUCUUAACUACAUGUCUACAUGGUACUGUCAAGGCUCUAUGAUGAAUAGAUUGUUUAUCUCUGUGCGUGCAAGCCUUUCUGCUGCAUAUUGUACAAACGAAGCCUCGCUGUUCCAUAGUAUGCUGAGGACUUGUGUUAGGUUGUAUGCUGAAUAGUGAAUACAUAUACUCCGUACCAAAUGUUAACCAGCUGGUUUUCCCGUACAAUUACACGAACCAUUUGAAAGUAAUUGUAGCUGCUGUGGAAUUAUUUCUGAUGGACAACGUACUCGUACAUUUUCAUCUAUCAGCAUACAUGGUUGUAAUCUGGUCAUCAUGCUUUGUUCUAGAUUAAUGCCUUACUCUGAUUAGCGUGGUGA